ACAAAUCCAAUUCAUUCAAAAAAGUCACAAACCCAACUCAUUCCGUUCUCUGUUCCAACUACACCAUGACACGUCUUUUUCUGUUUCUUGGACUUCUGAUAGUAGUAGCAAACGUUAGUAGUUUUCAAGCUGAAAAUUCAAUCCUACGAUACUGGAAAGAAAAUAUUGGUCUUCCACAACCUCCACAUUGGUUAGCGGCAAAAGCUUCUCCAUUAAACCCCCAACAAGCAGCUAUGUUUCUGAAACUUAUGGAGGGAAAUGAACUGAUCACUCACCUCCCUUCGUUCUGUAAGCAGGCUAAUGUUGCUUGUUCUACAAAUGCACUGGUGAGGAAGACAAUGCACAAUAGAACCCUACCACGAAUAGCUCGCUGGAAUGGUGCCAAACUGAAAUAUUCACUUCCAAAUAAAAUACCCUUGUUGGUUGCUAGCCAAGGGGGAUUGCCAUAUUUCCGAGAAUCAAUGGUGAAAGAGGGAGAUUUCAUAUCUGUCCCUGAUUUAAGGGACCCAGUGUCAUAUAAAUCAUUCUUGCCGCAAUCUCUGGCCUCAAAUAUCCCAUUUUCUUUUUUCCGGAUCAAGGAAUUGAAGAAGCUUUUUGGUAUAGUGGAUGAAUCAACAAUGGAUAAGUAUAUUCAUAAUACGUUGGAGAUAUGUGAGAAAUGCUCCAUUCAAGGUGAUGAGUGCACUUGUGUGACUUCAGCUGAGGAUCUCAUUGAUUUUGUUGUUGAGAAAUUAGGGCACCAUUUAUCUGUAUGGAGUACCGAGAGUGUCGAAGGAUCUUAUGAGAAUGUUAGAGUUGGGUCUAUAAAACUCAUCCAUGGAAACCUCGCCGAACUACCAGCCUUAUGUCAUAGUCAGCCAUUCCCAUUUCAAGUCUAUUACUGCCAUGUUUUAGAGAAGGUAAAAGUAUAUGCAGUUGAUAUCCAUGCUCGGAAGAAGGUGAAUCAUGCGAUCAUGGCAUGCCACUACAACACAUCUGCAUGGAAUAGUAAUCAUCUUGCUUUUCAACUACUGGGUUUUGGCCCAGGCCUAAUUGAAGUCUGCCAUUGGAUAAACGAGAAUGGAGUUGUCUGGACAAAACUCUGAGUUAAACAACAUUUGAAGAUUUGAUAUUCUUCCAGUUCUCUUGUUUACAUUACAUGUUAUUGUUUUUGCUAUUUGAAGGAUAAAUAAUGACCGUCUUUUAAGUUCCAAUAAA